GUAUGCCGUAGCUAGUGGGUUGUGUUGUGCGCUUUGUACCCUGGUUUAAGGUUGCCUAGAAACGAUUCGUGUUGCAAGUCAAGUGAACACUUGCGAAAAUCCUUAGCUAAACGCUUAAGGAAAUAAAACAUAAUAGCUUUGGGUUAAUUUAGCUGAGUAGUUAAAAGCUCACUGUAGCUACCUUUCGACUAACGUCUGCUAAUAAGCCGUAUUUGAUUAGCUCUAGCAAAGUUGUUUGCUUGGUUUCAGCUCGCCAUGUGGUACUGACAGGUCGGCAAAAAAAGACGGCAAACCGAGACCAGGUGAAAAUGAUAUCCGACAGUUGUUUCUGACAAAGUAACGUUAAGAUAGCAAACCAAUAACCUUAGCUGAUGCUUUAAAACAAGUGUUUUCAACGCCCGUGUAAACGUAAAGGUUUUGCUAAGACGAGCUAACAUUAGCUUCCUAGUUCAGAAGCUGUGCAGCGCUUCGUUAGCUUACUUGUUAACGUUACAGUACUGACUGUAUUCGGCUGAUAAGGAUCUGAAUUUCGUGGAGGCGAUUGUGUUUCUGGAGCCUUGCCUUUGCCUAGCCUCCCUAGCUUCCCCUGCCCCGUCUCUUCAUCAUGUGGUUCCUCGCCAUUUCGCUGCCGUUGCUCCCGGUGAUAAUCGUCACGGUGACUCGUUACUGGGACGAGCUGGGAGCACUGUACCAGCACCUCCUGCGCGUGACACCCAAGCUGUCCUGGCAGUCGCCCGUCUGUGUGCGGAGCACCCACAGCUUCGUGUUCACGAACUGCACCCACGGCCAGGCUGAGAGCGUGCUGGAGACCUUCCACCUGUACGCCCAGACCCACCCCUCCCUCAGCCUGGGCCCGCAGAGAGGUGAGCUUCUGGACGCGGUGGUGCGUCGAGUGGCCCCGUCCUGGACGCUGGAGUUGGGGACGCACUGCGGGUACGCGUCUGUCCGAAUCCUGCGGCUGCUGCCUCCUACUGGCCGGCUGGUGACCGUGGAGAAUGACGUCACUACUGCUGAAGCGGGAGAGGAAGUCAUCCUGGUGGCUGGAUUCAAACACUCACAGUUCCAGCUGAUGACCUGCCCAUCGAAGGACGCCAUCCCAGGCCUGCGUGCCCACGUAGGGCAGGGGCUCCUGCAGCUGGUGCUGAUGGACCACGAGGUGGGACAGUACCUGGCAGACCUGCUGGCCCUGGAGCAGGAGGGUCUGAUGGCCCCAGACUGUGUCCUGCUUUUCAACAACACCCAGCUCCCUGCAGCGCGCAGCCUCCUACAGCACGUCGACAGCAAGCCGGAGCGUUACACCGUCCGCCGUGAGCUACACGGCCUGCUAGAGCUGCAGCGCCACCUGCUGGACACUCCUGCACCACAGGGCCGGUCACUAUCUGAGUGACGACCACUGAACCUGCAGCUGCUGCUCACUCUCUAAAGGUACAGUAGUUAAUGUCAGACUUCUAAUGGUCAAGGGGAAUUGCAGCAACAAACACCCUUAAACCGCAACUCUGUUUAUCUCUGAACGUGCUGGCGUUGAGUUCCCCCCCCCCCACGCCUUUGGCUACGGCAAUUAGAACCAAUUAUCAUCCAAUGAGCUUGAAUUAUUGGACAGAUAUACAAUGUUUUGGUACAGAGUGUUGGUCUGCCAACUGUAUAUUUUCAAACGGCAAUCUAAGGACUAUAAUUACUGGCAGAGGGUGAGUCAGCAUGUCAGUGAGCGUUUUUCAAUGACAGGAAUGGUCUUGUGACAAUGUUUUAACACAAAAAUCUUACCUUAUACCUUUAAAGCUGCCUGUACACACCAGGUGGGUUGUAUUUUUACAUAUUUGAUCGGUGCGUUUUAAAUGCGGUUACACUCUGACAAGACACCCUUGUGCUGAGGCACCCGAAGCCUGUAUCACAAAGCAGGAUUACUGAGUUGAGCUGGAUAACUGCACAACUGCACUCAGUAAAACCUACAACAGCUCUUUUUACCUCAGUCCAUGUUCCAGAUUUGGGAGGGUUCUAGAUUUUACUCAGCACAGUUAUCCAGCUAACUCAGUAAUCCUGCUUUGUGAAACAGGGUUCUGUAGUGCUUAUCAAUAGGCAGAGAGUGGAUGGGCAAGACCAUGAACAUUUCAAUUUGGCUGUCAGGCUUUUUUUUCUCUGUUUUUCUCAGGUAAUAAAGCCAAGAUCGCAAGUAUCUUGUGGUGCAGUGGUUAGGACUGUUGCCACACAAGAAGGAGGUUUUUGGUUUGCAAAAUGUUUGGAACAUGCAGUUUACAUGUUCUCCUCGUGUUUACCUGGGUUUCCUCCAGCCAAAAACAUGUAGCCGAGGGACUACAGAUUAAAAUUAGCCUAGAUUUUACAGAAAUCUUAUUAAUGGGCAUUGUCCCUGUCAAAAUAAUACAUUCAUGGAGAUAUUGGAGAUUGAUUCUUUUCAGUGCCUGUUGUUGACAAAGAAACAUCCCCCACAACAAAAUUAAGCACAUUAUUUUGGCAUGAGUCUCCUGGGUUAUUUGGGGGGUUUUUUUGUUCACUGACUGUCAUUUUCCAGUGCUGUAAUAGUCUUGGCAAAGAAAAGUUGAGAAAUUGCACUCGGGCAUGCAAAAUACGAUCUGGGCGCAUGCAACUUGAAACUGAUAAAUUCCACAUAUGUUGGAUAAACCAAAGUUGAAAGUAUCAGAUUCCACUUGACUGUUUGCCAUUGAGAAAACUGAGCAGUAACGUAUAUCAGUACUGCCCAUUAAGAAAAUGAUUUGGUUGAAUUAAAAAGAAUAGUAUAAGUGUAGAAUUAAUACUCUAUAAACUCUGGAAUCUCUCAAGGUGUAGACAUGUAUGCUGCUAAAUAAAUACCUCAAGCCUUGCUGUGUAUAACUUAAGUGCAAGUUAUGGUUUUUCUAACGAACCAAACUAUUGAGCCACGUUUUGAGUAUUUCAUAUAUUGUCCACUAGGGGGUGCUUCAAUCUCAAAUACACAAAUAGUCUUCCACAGGCUGAUUGCGUGAACGCGAUUUCGGCACAAAUCUGCCUCGACCAUUCCUUAGUUUUUACCUAGCUUUUACCAUUAUUAAUAAAACAUCAAUGGUUAAUAUGAAAAAACAACCCCAACAAUGUCAUACCCCUAUAUAGUAAAUGUAGUUAUCCGUGGAUUAAUAUACUGUAUUUCCAGUACAAAUUCAGGUUUAUAAUUUGAAUGUGUAGUUACCAUGGCGGUUGUAGAUUAGAGCAAUCACAGAAGUGUGUGUAAUCCAAAAUAUGGCAUGUGAGCCAAUGGACUGAUAAGCAAAAAGAGAAGCCUGAUGAGCCACCAUU